AUGAGUUUAGCAGCAUCCACAAGCUCAUUAUCAGCACUUACAUCAGGCUGGGUUAUUCAAAAAUUCGGUGGAACCUCGGUGGGUAAGUUCCCAGAAAAGAUCUGCGAUGAGAUCGUGAGCCCACACCUCAAGAAUAACCGGGUUGCCAUAGUGUGCAGUGCCCGGUCAUCGAAAACAAAAUCAGAGGGCACUACAAGCCGGCUUUUGAGAGCAGCAGAGCAAGCAGCAGAAGGCUGUGCAGAGGAUGAGGAGGAAGGAAGCAGCAGGAGUGGAAGUACGAGCGACAGUGUGUUUGGAGAGUCGGGCGCGGACGAUUUGAGCAAUGCAGCUUUCCAGAAGACACUUGAUUUGGUGGAGGCGGAUCACGUGAACAAUGCAGAGGCAAGAAUCAAGAAUGAGGAGCUUCAGAAAAAGCUCAUCGCAGAAACGAGAGCGGCAGUGCACUCGGUCCGGAGGCUGUUGGAGGCAUGCAGUGUGAUUGGAGAGAUCCCGGAGCGCACGAACGACAUUGUUAUGGCAUGUGGUGAGCAGCUCAGUUGCAUGUUCAUGACUGCGUUGCUGAAAGAUCACGGCACACCGGCCGAGUACUUAGAUUUGUCGGAUAUCGUGGUAGGUUUUACGCGAGAGAUGCAGAACGAAGGCAGCAUACCAGACCCAACGGAGCACGAGAAAGGCGAGCUUAAGCCACAGUUCUACGCCAGAUUGGCCCGGGAAAUUGCAUCUCGAGUCCGUAGUGUGCCAACAGGCGUUGUUCCGGUGUUGACGGGCUUCUUUGGCCCAGUUCCCGGCGGAAUGUUGAACUCGGUGGGCCGCGGAUACACGGACUUGUGUGCAGCAUUGUGUGCAGUCGGAGUUUCUGCCGAUGAGCUCCAGAUUUGGAAGGAGGUGGACGGUAUUUUCACAGCGGACCCGCGGAAGGUCCGCAGUGCCAAGCUUCUUUCCUCGGUUACACCCGAGGAGGCCGCCGAGCUUACCUACUACGGCUCCGAGGUCAUCCACCCGUUUACCAUGGAGCAAGUGAUCAAGGCCAAGAUCCCGAUUAGAAUCAAGAAUGUCAUGAAUCCAAACGGCCGCGGUACCGUUAUAUAUCCGAACAACGUGGCCAAGAGGGGCGAGGCAACACCGCCACACCCUCCAAUCUCGGCCGAGAACUUGCCACAGGAGCUGUUCAGUGUGCGUAAGACGGCCACCGCCAUCACGGCCAAGCCAGAUAUUGCAGUUCUGAACAUUCACUCGAAUAAGAAGACUCUUUCGCAUGGCUUUUUGGCCAAUGUCUUCCGUAUUUUGGACCGCCACAAGCUCGUGGUCGACUUGAUCUCCACCUCGGAGGUCCACGUGUCGAUGGCAAUGAAUUACUCCAAGGAGAGAAGGAGAAACCUCAAUUUGGCCAUCUCGGAGUUGACCAAAUACGGUGAGUGUGACGUCACCACCGGGCUUGCAAUCGUUUCUCUGGUUGGGAUCCACAUGAAGCAGUUGAUCGGCAUUGCCGGUGCCAUGUUCAAGAUCUUGGCCGACGAGAAAAUCAACAUCGAGAUGAUUUCCCAGGGUGCCAAUGAGAUUAACAUCUCCUGUGUGAUCGACGAGCAUGACGUCAUCAAGGCACUUAACGCACUUCAUGACAAGGUCAUUCUCCGCCCAGUAGAGUCCGGAGCCGGCAUUCUUGACCAGAGGAUCAGCGAGUUGCGUUUGAGCGAGUGA